GUCAAAAAUCAAUGUUCUCAUUCCCCUUUCUCCAACAUCAUCUUUACCAAGCCCAUCAUUUGUUUUCCCUAGAGAAGUAAAAAACUAGAGGAGAGUUAAAUUUCAUUCUCAAUAUAUAAAAAACACAGUUGUAUAUGGGGUUUAGCUUUUUUGGGUAGUGGGGCUUUAGGAAGUUAAUUUUUUCUUCAGCUUCUCUUUAUGAUGAUGACAGUUGAUUUGUCUGUUUUCAUGCAUGCUUGAAGGUAUUUGAUAGAAAUCUUGGGGUGGUUUUCUUGGGGGGUUGUUGGGGUACUGUUAAUUUGAUUAAAUUUCAACUAGGAUUUUAUUUUCUUGUGGGGUUGUUUGAAAAUCUUGUUUUGAUGAUAUGGGGGUGUUAAAGAUUCAAUUUUUAAGCUGUUGAUUGGUUCAAGAUUGUAGCAUGGGAUUGUUAGCGCCAAAAUUUGAUCACGUCCAACUCCAGUCGUAAAAAGGACAAGUAUUUUUCUGCUGCGUUUCAAGAUGUGUCCAGAGUUGUUACAUUCAUGGUGUGAGUUCAGCUUCUUUCAAUCCUUUGAAAAAUCAAAUUUCUAGACAAUGAGUUUGGUUCUAGUCUGAAUGUAUUGGAAUCCGAUGAUUUUUUUUGGUAGGUGUUAAAAUUGUUGAUAAUAGGAGAAUUCUUUCCAAUUCUUUGAUUCUUUAAAGAAGUGUGUAUUUGUUGCUGAUUGAUUCCAUUCUUUGUUGCAUAUAGAAAUAUAUUAUUAUACAGAUUUAUAAGAUCAUCAUAUAGGACACACAGAUAUCACAUUUGUUUUGAUUUUUUUUUUUUGGCAUCGGAUUCCUAUUUUUUGUUUUUCUUGGAACUUCACACACUCACAUAUAGACAUUGUUCUGUUUCUCUUUGAAUCCUCUAUAGAACUUUAGUGUUUAACAAACUUGUAUAUUUCAUAGUGAAAAUAUAUAUAUAGAAAGAUAAGAGAGACAGAGACAUAGAAAAGGAAAAAGGGUGGGUGAGUUGGAGUUGAAAAGAAAAGGAAAAAACAUAUUGGAAGGGUGUGAAGUAUGUUGGCUGGUUGUUCUUCUACAUUGUUGUCCCCUAGGCAUAGAUUGAGGAGUGAAGCAUCUGCACAAUUUCAAGCUUGUAAUUUUCCUUCAAUGAGCACACAAAGAUUGGAUUUGCCAUGUAGUUUUGGUAGAAAAGACAACCCAAGGUCCCAAUCUAUUAGGCCAGUAGGCAGCCUUUCUGUUGAUAAGCCUAUUGAAACCAAGAACAGUAGUUGCUCUCUUAAGCAGAACAUUCGUCUACCACCAUCCCCGACUACUGCUCAGACAUCAUCAUAUGUAGAAGGUAGGAGAGAAAGCAAAGAUGAAUUUUGGGAAAAAGGUAGGAGUUUGAAGAGGUAUGCUGAUCAGGGAUGUUUUGAUGAUGACAACUGCAUGAGUAGAGGAGCUAAGAGGAAAAAGGGUAAUAGGAAAUCAGUUGAUUGCUCAGAAGAAGUAGAAGGCUAUGGUCUGAGUUUGGGACAAUUGGGUGGUGGCAAUUUCUGGUUACAAUCAGGUUACAACGUGUCGCGAUCAGUUCAAGCAGCAGCACCAUUCUCAUUUUCUUGUUCAGGAGAGGAAGAGAGUGUAUGUUAUGUGCCUAGUGAAGUGAUAUCACCGCCUCCACCUUUGUCAAACAAUCCUUGGAUUGAUUCUAUAGUGACUGAGAUUACUAAUUUUGGUGAUAAGAAUGUUUCAACAAGUCAAGAUCUGGCCAAGGAGGCCUCAGUAUCAAGUGCUUCUUUAGACAGUCAUGGCUUGGUUCUUAGGCUUAAUGAGAAUCCAGGGGAGCAUGAAAUAGGCAAUGGUUCCAGGCCACCUAAUCCAAAUGACAGGAGUGAAGUUGUAGCGGCACAUAAUGGGCAUAACAACCAUCGCGAGGAUGAUGCAGCUGAGCUGAUCAGCUUACUUGUGAGUUGUGUUGAAGCAAUUGGCUCGAGGAAUGUCACCGGUGUUAAUCAAUUGAUAGCUAGGCUAGGGGAGCUUGCCUCUCCAAGAGGGUCUCCAAUAAGCCGGCUAACUGCUUACUUCACCGAGGCUUUAGCUUUGCGUGUUGCAAGGAUUUGGCCCCACAUCUUUCACAUUAUACCCCCUCGGGACCUUGAUCGUUUAGAUGAUGACAGCAGUACAGCAUUGAGGCUGUUGAAUCAGGUUAGUCCAAUUACAAAGUUCAUCCAUUUCACAUCAAAUGAGAUUCUGCUUAGAGCUUUUGAAGGCAAAGACCGGGUUCACAUUAUUGAUUUUGACAUUAAGCAAGGGCUGCAGUGGCCUAGUCUGUUUCAGAGUUUGGCUUCUAGGCCAAACCCACCCACUCAUGUUAGAAUUACUGGUAUAGGAGAAUCAAAGCAGGAUCUUAUUGAAACAGGAGAUAGACUUGCCGAGUUUGCUGAGGCGUUGAAUCUGGCUUUCGAGUUCCAUCCAGUUGUUGACAGGUUAGAAGAUGUGAGGCUAUGGAUGUUACAUGUGAAAGAAGGAGAAAGUGUUGCAGUGAAUUGUGCGUUACAGAUGCAUAGGCUUCUAUAUGAUAGUUCUGGUGGGAUCCUGAGGGAUUUUCUCGGAUUGAUUAGAAGCACAAAUCCCACCAUUAUUCUGAUGGCAGAGCAAGAAGCUGAGCACAAUGAGCCUAGCUUGGAAGCAAGACUUGUCAACUCACUCAGAUAUUAUGCUGCUGUUUUUGAUUCUAUUGGUUUCAGCCUUCCAUUAGAGAGCCCUGCCAGGAUUAAGAUAGAGGAGUUGUUUGCUCGCGAUAUUAGAAAUAUCAUUGCUUGUGAAGGACGAGAAAGGACUGAAAGGCAUGAAUGUUUUGGGAAAUGGCGGAAGCUGAUGGAACAAGGGGGUUUCAGAUGCACAGGGAUUACAGAAAGGGAACUGCUUCAGAGUCAAAUGCUGUUGAAGAUGUACUCGUGUGAGGACUACAGGGUCAUAAAGCAGGGGAACGACGACGCUGCACUAACAUUGAGUUGGUUAGACCAGCCUCUAUGCACAGUCUCCGCGUGGUCGCCCCUUGAUGCAGCUGGAAGUUCAUCCUCUUAUUAUCAGCUAAGUUGAUUGAUUGGUCUUUUGUCGAAGCUCUUCGUUCAUUAAACAGACAAUCUUUGUUCUUUUCGUACACAGGAAAAAGGUUACCAAAUUCUUUGUAGGUAGAGUCAUUCUUUCAUUCUUUACUGCAGAUAGAUUUGUCAAAAUGAGUAAGAAAAGAAAUUCUUUUAGAUCAAAUUGCAUAGGUGAUCAGGUACAGGUUUUCUAGUUCCUCGGGCAAAAUUCUAGGCUUCAUUUUGUUUGUACCUUUCAUUCAUAUUUGUAUUUAUUCUUUAUAAGCUAGGGAGGGGUAUUCUUUCUUAGUUAUAUUCAGUCAAGUUCAUCAAUGUAUUCUUUGUUGUAAUCAUUCAUUAUUGUUAUUCAUCUCAUUGUAGCAAGAAGAUAUCAGAUAUCAUUUUCAAUGAAGUGAUUGUUUUAGUAA